CGGCGCUGCAAGUCUCCUUUAGACGUGCAGCCCAGGCUGUAGCCAUCUUUGCUCAGCCCGAUAGACUGUCUUUUAAUAAAAUAGCCUUUCUUAAACUUUCUUAAACUUUCUCAACUUGCCUGACUGUGAGCGCGUUCCUUUACAGGCCGACCUAUCAUUUGGUGCCGACCGCCGGGAGGGUUUAGGGCAGAGAAAGCAGGAUCGUCCCUUCCCUUUCUCUUCUCCCUCCCCGCGGCUUGUUCCGUUCUCUGGCUGCCCUCCCGGAGCUGCCGGACCUGCCAUAAGGACGCACUUCGGGACUUUCUCCCUUCUGUUGCUGGCAUCCCAGACAACAUCAGGCCAGACUCUCACACUGGGUCUCACAAAACUUCAAGACAUUGCUCCACACAUUGCGUUUUAGCAGGUCCUGCUUAACGGAGCCGUUUGGAAGGAUAUACGUUGACGGUCAAGAUUUACCGUGGCGUGUUUUACUUCACAUGCAACUGUUACAAUAAAACGUGUUACUGGGUGCUUCUCAACAUGGCUACGAAGAAAAAAUUAAGAAAAACAAUAGAUGAGCAUCGUGAGUUUAAAACUGAAUGGACUGAAUCUUUCGCAUUUAUCUCGAACUCAGAUGGGUUUCCAACCUGUCUCAUUUGCCAAGAAAAACUGGCGCACAACAAAAAGUCAAAUUUGGAGAGACACUUCAUGACAAAACAUGCCACAUUUGCCAGACAAUAUCCUGUCGGUGACACGAGAAAGAGAGCAGUUGAAGAACUUCAGAAAAAUGUUGAAAAAUCAAGUUCUGUAUAUAAAUAUUGGAAACAGUCUGCCAAUAAUGUUAAUAUUGCAAGCUUUGUAGUGAGUCAGGAGAUUGCUAAGAGAGGAAAACCAUUCACAGAUGGUGAAUACAUAAAAUGUUAUUUUGUUAAUGCAUCUGAAGAACUUUUUCGGGAUUUCAAAAACAAAGCAGAGAUUUUAAAUAAAAUUAAAAACAUACCGUUAUCUGCCAAAACAGUAGCAGAUAGGACAGUUAAAAUGUCCUCAAAUGUGACCAACCAACAAGUGGAAGACAUUAAAUUAGCUUCAGCCUUAUCAAUUGCAGUAGAGUCAUGCGACAUCAAGGACAUAGCCCAAGUUUCCCUUUAUGUGCGGUAUAUAUCAUCUGAGGGUCCGAGAGAAGAACUUCUGGGAUUGUUGCCACUCAAGGGCCAAAUGCAUGGAGAGGACAUAGCAAAUGCUGUCCUUGAAUGCAUGGAAAAAAAUCAUAUCCCGCUCAAUAAAAUUGUUUCAAUUGCAACCGAUGGUGCAAAAAGUAUGACAGGUGUGAGAAAGGGUUUUGUUUCAAUUUUAAAAGAAAAAAUUAAUCAUGAAGUGAUUACUUUUCAUUGUAUACUCCACCAGGAAGCACUUUGUGCACAAACAUUUCCAGAAGAAAUUGGUAAAAUCAUGGAAUUGGUAAUUAAGAUUACCAACACCAUUAUAGCAAGGGGAAUUAACCAUCGACAAUUUAAAGAAUUGCUAAGUGAAAUGGAGAGCGAGUAUUCAGAUCUUCUCCAGUACAACAGGGUUCGAUGGCUUUCCAGAGGCGACAUGUUAAAGCGUUUUUCAUCUUGCAUAAAUGAAAUCAAACUAUUUCUGGACAACAAGGGUGUUCAAUAUCCAGAAUUAACAGAAGAUCAGUGGUUGCAAAAAUUGUACUUUAUGGUGGACGUUACAUCACAACUGAAUCAGCUCAAUUCUAAAUUACAAGGCAAGGGAAAUACUGCUUUUUCAAUGCUAGAAGAAGUUAUUUCAUUUGAAAAGAAACUGAUUCUGUUCACUGAAGAUUUAGAGAGUGGAACUUUAGUUCAUUUCCCAAACUUGUCUCAAUAUCGCCGAGAAAACAAUGCCCUCAUCAACAAAGAUUAUUUCAAGACGGCAGUUUUAAACAUGAGAGAAUCUUUUCUUCAAAGGUUUCAGGAAUUCAGAAAUAAUAAAGCGACUCUAGCUUUUAUUACAAAUCCUCUUAAUGCCAACGUUAAGGAAUUAAAUUUUUCUCCAUUUGAUAUUGACAUGGCUAAUUUUGAAAUACAAUUGGUGGACUUGACAAGCAAAGACUUAUGGAGCUCCAAAUUUGUACGUCUUGGUACUGAAAUAGAAGAACUGGAAAGAGAAAAAUGCAGUCUGAUUUCACAGCACAAGCAGACUGCCAUAAAAGACCUACAGAAGGCAGACUCAAUGAUUUUCAAUACUUGGAAUAGUCUUCCGGACUCAUAUUAUGAGUUGAAAAAAUUUGCAUUUGGUGUUCUCAGUAUCUUUGGGUCUACAUAUUUAUGUGAGCAAUCGUUUUCUCACAUAAAUUCCAUUAAAUGUAAAUUAAGGAGCCAAAUUACUGAUGCCAACUUGGAAUCAUGCCUUAAAUUAAAAACGACUAGUUACAAGCCAGAGAUACAGAAACUUUCUCAGGAAAUGCACGCUCAUUGCUCACACUGAUUAAAACCAAUUAGAGCAUUUUUUUGUGUGUGAAUUUUUCUUAUUUU